UUAUCGAUAGGACCAGCUGGUUGCCACCACUAGUUACUAAAUCGACAGACGAAAAUAAAGAAAAAGUUGGUGCAGUAACAAUCAAUCCUCAACACACACGCUGUGGGCCACGAUUGCGAUUUUAGCAGACGGGGCAUUUAGACAAUUGGAUGUGUUCCGCUUCCGAAUUGUGUGAGUGCUGGAUAAUUUUUUUUUCCCAAUCGAGCGAAAGCAAAACAAUCGCAGCAGCAGCAGCAGAGACAACGUAAAGCAAAAACUUCGCAGCGGAAAGCAAAAGCAAGAGUGCCACGCCUCCUGCCAGUCCAGCGUUUCCCGACUGGUUAGCAUCGCUGGAAAACUAAAAAAAAACAGCACUUGCAUCGAUAUAUAUAUUAUAAAAAAAAAGGAAAGGCAACAGCAAAACAGCGAGAUGGCUGGCCAACAGCUCCUGAUGCCCAGAUUAUUUCCCAACUUCCCGAAGACCCUAUACGACCUGUCGCUGCAGGCCCUCAUCGAGAGUAUGAACACAAAGAUUCCGGCGCUGGACAGGAUCAACCGACUGUCUGAGCUGCCACGCAACUUGCUCAUCGAUGUUUACGAAAAGAUGUCUCAAGUGGAGUCCUUGAAGGACACGCUGCUGGAGGAGCUGGCCCAGCUUGAGGUAUUCUCUCGACUCGUUCGCUAUCCAUUUGCCCGCAGCCAAUUGCUGCGCAUAAUGGCCUCACUAAUGGCCAGCAAUAAGAUGCUGGCCAAAAGACUCAGCGAGAACUAUGUGUCGCGCUAUGAUGUGGUGACCGGUCAGGACAGUCAGGAGGAAGAGAAGCUGGAGUCGAGCAUGGAUACACUUGAAGAUCGCUCAGUGGAGCUCAAUACACUGUAUACCUACGAUGCCGAAUCUUCAGAUGCAGACACCACCAGUGCCGAAUUUAAUGACGAAUUCAGUGUGGAUAUCGAAAGCAUAAUAGGUGUCCCACAGCGGAGAGCAUACCCGGAUAAACUCGAGGCGUUCAACGAUUCUGACCUCGAGGAGCUGUCCGCCGUGGAGCUGCAGGUCAUCGACCUAGGCCUACGCCUCGGAUCGUUUCUCUCGGAGGCUGGAUGGAUGCAGGAGAGCAUUACCGUGCUGGCAUGCCUUAAUGUAAGACUGAAGGAUCUGCCGACUCACAAACACUGGUUGCAGUUCCGACUCGACUGCCUGCAGCGCCUUCUGUACGCCGAAUCAGCCCAUUGCAACUUCAAGGAGGCACACAAAACCUACGUGGAAUUGAUGGGUCUAAACAAAUGGCUUAAUAGGAACGUGCCAAACCAGCUGGUGGCCAUAACCUACAGUCAGAUUUCGGCCAUGUACUUUGCCCGCAAUGAGUAUAAGAACAGUCAUUUGUGGAGCGGUCUCGCCAUGCGAUUUUUAAAGGGAAUUGCGAAUCCACGCAUCAUCAUCGAUGUUCUGCGCCAGGCGGCCAAGGCCUGUGUCGUUAAGCGGGACUUUUCCCGGGCUAAUCUGCUGAUCUGCCAGGCGGUGCGACGAGCACGUGAGCACUUUGGCCCAAAGCACCAGAAGUAUGGCGAUGCACUGCUGGAUUACGGAUUUUUCCUACUCAAUGUGGACUCCGUGUUCCAGUCUGUAUAUAUAUACAAAGAGGCACUGGCCGUGCGCCGUGGUAUUUUUGGGAAUAUGAACUUUCACGUGGCCAUUGCCCACGAGGAUUUGUCCUAUGCCUACUAUGUUCACGAGUACAGCACCGGUGACUUUAGCUGUGCCCAGGAUCACGUGGACAAGGCUGUUAAUAUCAUGCAGCAUCUGGUGCCCAGCAAUCAUCUGAUGUUGGCAUCGGCGAAGCGCGUGAAGGCACUCCUACUGGAGGAGAUUGCGCUGGACAAGAUGGCUGAUGGCAUUGACGAGGAGGAUCUGCUGCUCCAAUCCGAGGAGCUGCACAACUUCGCCCUGAUUCUCUCGCUGCAAGUGUUUGGCGAGGUGAAUGUGCAGACGGCGAAGCACUAUGGAAAUCUGGGGCGGUUAUACCAAACGAUGAAUCGUUUCGAGGAGGCGGAGCGAAUGCACAAAAAGGCGAUCAAAAUUAAGUCGGAACUGCUGGGUCACUUUGACUACGAGGUGGGCCUGUCCAUUGGGCAUUUGGCCUCGCUGUACAACUAUCAGAUGAAGAAAUACCGUGACGCCGAGCAGCUUUACAUGCGCAGCAUUGAUAUAAGCCUGCGUCUGUUCGGGAACUCAUACUCUGGCCUGGAGUACGAUUAUUUGGGUCUGUGCCACGUCUACGAAACAUUGCACAACUUUGAAAAGUAUUUGAAGUAUGCGAACAAGCUGGAGAACUGGCAGCUGCUGCGUGGCCAAAACAUCACUCAAAAUAAGUCCAGCUAUCCCGCCAUCGAGGUGGACUAUUCUAUCGAGGAGGUCAAGACCAAGUACUUCAGCAUGUGCGUCUCCAAAAAAAGCGCACACUACUCGGUGCACGCAGAGGACACGUACCAGAACUGAGUAGGGGCUUUGGGAGUGGUUGCGGAAUCGGAUAUGGUAGCGGACGACGAAGAGGAAGUUACAGUUGCACCUGCACUAGCAAUCGCAAUCGCACCCACACCCCCAGCAUCGGAUGGCACAAACUGGAGGGCAAACUGCAGCAGGAGCAGCGGCAAUGGUGACAGCGGCGGCAACAUCUGCAGUUUGUCUUAGAUAAGAGAUUCGAAUAAGUUAGUUCACGUUGAUUAGGCAGGAAAUCGGGACGCAUCAAGGAUCGACCCCUGUGUUCUAUAAGAAUCUCUAGGUAUAGUAUGAUAGCAUAGCUCGGUCGGCUUCUAAUAUUCAGCCUUUGUUAAAUGUUUUUCUUUGCCAUUUCCAUCGAAUCAGACCCGUACUUAUAGCCGUACUAUACGUAUCGCGUCGUAACGAGAGUGGGUCAGCUAAGCAAAUUUUUCACUGUGUUCCAGUCAUCAUCGAAUACGUCCAGUACCCCUAGUUCCCGAAGUUUUCACGGAUGCCAAGUCCAGUUUUUUCAGUCAGUUAGACCUAUGCUAAGAUGUAGUAGUAUUGUUGGAGCUUCGGUUACCCGCUUGAACGGGAGAUCGUUGAGCAAAUAGUUUUUUUUUUUUUAAGUCUAUUCCCCGCAUUUUGUUCCAUGUACAAAUGUUAAAUUUUUCGCCUCUAAUCAUUCAACUUUUGUAUUUUUUUCGGAAACCGCAAGAAAGGGCCAGUCGCCAGAGGAAAAAAUUUACUUUCGUUAGAGUAGCACCUGUAUUUGAUUCAGUUUGUAAUUUUCCGCCUUUAUAGAGUGUAUAGAGUGCAAGGAGUAAGCCCAUUGUAUAGUCUAAGUGGAAACGAUAUAUUAAUAGAUAUAUAUAUAUUUCCUUGCAUUCACUUAAAAAAAAAUUUGAAAAAAAUUGCAUCAAAAGUAUUUUCGCAGCCCCCAAAAAUUCCGAAAGGCGACGGGCAAAGCGUUGUAAAUAACUCGGGUCGAAUAGUACAGCUUCCAGUUAAAAGAAAAUGGUUUAUAAUAUAACACAAACACACAUGCAUAUUCAC